AUGGCCACACAAGCCGAACAACGCCUCUAUAACACCGACCAAAACACCGGGACACAGCCUACGAAUACCCAGGCUGGAGGGCCUGGCACGUACGGCAAUGAACAAACACAAAACCAGGGGCAGUUUGACAACAACAACAACAGAUUCGAUGACAGGAAUGCGAAUACUCAGGGCGGUGGCCUCACGGGUCAGCAACAACAGCAAGGACCUCCAUCACAGCAAACCGGUCAAAACUCACAGUUCAAUCAAGGAACUGGACCAGGUCAGCACGAUCAGUAUGCAAACCAGAACAAGGGCGUGACUGGUGGAGGUCACCAUGCCGGAGGACCUGCCCGUGCUGCAGAAGCCGGUGCAGCUUACGAAGGCGAGAAACUCGCGCAUGGGGGGCACGCACCUGGAGCUAACGGAACACAGUACCAAUCGGGUGCGGGAACUGGGCAAGGUCAACAUGGUCAACAUGAUCAGUAUGCAAACCAGAACACGGGCGUUGCGGGUGGAAAUCACCAUGCUGGUGGACCUGUACGUGCUGCGGAAGGUGGCGCAGUUUACGAAGGAGAAAAGCUUGCACACGGUGGACGCGCGCCUGGAGCAAAUGAAACGCAGUACCAGUCGGGUACAGGGACUGGACCAGGUCAGCAUGAUCAGUACGCAAACCAAAAUACGGGCGUGACUGGUGGAGGUCACCAUACUGGAGGACCCGUACGCGCUGCGGAAGCUGGCGCAGCUUACGAAGGAGAAAAGCUUGCACACGGUGGACGUGCACCCGGAGCUAACGGAGCGCAACACCAUCCGGGUGCUGGAACUGGCACGGGUCAGCAUGAUCAAUUUGCAAACCAGAGCACCAGUGUAACUGGUGGCCAGCGCCAUGCUGGAGGUCCUACACGUGCUGCAGAAGCCGGUGCAGUUUACGAAGGCGAAAAGCUUGUACACGGUGGACGUGCACCUGGAGCUAACGGGACGCAGUACCAGUCGGAUGCCGGAACUGGUACGGGUCAGCAUGAUCAAUUCUCAAACCAGAACACUGGUGUAACUGGCGGUCACCACCAUCCUGGAGGUCCUGCACGUGCAGCGGAAGCCGGUGCAGCGUACGAGGGCGGGAAAAUUGCACAUGAAACUCAUGGUACAGGCCAUCAUGGCGAUCACUUCACUGGUAGGCAUGACGGUCAAGGUGCUAAUGCUGCCAACGCCAAUGCACCUGGUUAUGGUGCUGGUCCUACAACUGGCAUGACCAGAGUCGGUGGUGCUGCACAGCAUCCAUCUGGCCAGGCAGGUCUCGGAGGUGGUCCUGGAGCUACUACCGGGACCGUUGGUGCUCCUGGCACUGGCUAUGGUGUAGGCCAAGGCGGCGCGCCAGGAUCUGGUGCUUACACUGGUCAAGGAACUGCAGGGACUACUGGGACCGGAACUGGUGUUCCAGGGACACAUGCAGGCGCACCGACUGGCACUGCUCCGGCUCCAGCAAGAGGCGGUACCGGUCAAGCUCAAGUCAUCCUUGGAAAGCUUCAACAAGCUGGAGGGGCCAUCCUAUCUGACGAUGCGAUGAAAGCUAAAGGUUUGGAGCGUGAGGCGAAAGGAGUUGCUAAGGUAGAUCAGCAAGAGGCUGGACGUCUGGAAGGUAAAGCCGCUGCGAGGAGGGAAAAGGCUAGUGGCAUUCACGGUGGCGGCGCUGCCGCAGGUGUUGAUCCGACUGUUGGUCCACAUGGACGUAAUCUAUAG